AUGUAUCGGCCGACCUCGACGAACGAAAGAUGGUUCUGCGGAGCCUUGGUUGUGCAAGCUCUCUUGGUGCUUGUCCUGGAGAUCUAUAUUCUCGUUCAAUGGCAGUCCUGGGUCAAUCCAAAUAUUACUCAGGUCACGAUCUCAUAUCAGGUACCCGUUAACCUGACAUUGAUCAUGUUCGCUGUCGUCUAUGAGGUGAUUCUGAGUCUGGAGAUGGUGCACCAUAAGAAUAGUAUCUUGCUUCUGGCAAUCUGCCUCAGCAAUAUCUGUGCAGUUGCCUAUUCGGCGAUGCAAUACACCUCCAUGUACGACACCACCCAUAGCAUCGUAAAUAGUCGCGACUCGCAUCUUCAACCGUUGGUGGACAUCUCCAGGGAUCUAUGGAAAGAGAUCCAGCCGGCUGAGAUCCUGGUCCCGAUUGUACUCGGUCUGACAACCCUGGUUCUAUGGCCUGUCGCAUACUGUGUCCACAAGGAGUUUUCGUGGGCCAUAUACCAGUGUGUCCAAGGCAGUCCGCAAAGCCGAUACCAGUACCUGGGAUAUGAGGUGAUUGCCCCCUUCGCGAGUCCCAUCAUUACACAGUCCUAA